AUGACAACAAGUAUUUCAUCGUUGACAAAUACGAAUCGUGCAUCAAUGAUGAAUUCUGCAGCUGAUAACAAUGAAGAAGAUCAAUUGAAUCGAAUCAAUCUCCAAGCAUUACAAAAUCGUGAUCCAUACAUCUCGAAAAUCGUCGAUCAAGCUCAGCGUGUUUGUGUUUAUCAGUUUAUGGCUGAGAAACGUGAAUGGGAACGAAGAGAGCUCGAAGGAACUUUGUUCGUUUAUGAAAGAAUUUGUGAACCAUAUCAUGGCUUUGUUAUCUUGAGUACUGUUUCUCGAGAAACAUUUGUGCAAAUUAUUAAACCAUCGAUGGAAUUCAAACAUUCACCCAAUUAUGAAGCAUUUCUACAAUACAAAGUUGAUGUUGGAGGUAAUUCGAUAACUAAAUCGAAUUCAAAUUCGAAUUUUCCACCUUCAGAUAUCUAUGGAAUAUGGUUUAUUUCGAAAAAUGAUUGUCCACGUGUGACUGAAUGUCUAAUAUGCUUAACACAAAAAGCCAAGGAAUAUGAACAAUCGAAAGUUGAAGAAAAUCAACAUUCGUUACCAUUCCAAAAGCAACAGGAUAUUCUUUCUUUGUUGCAUAAUGCUAAACAUAAAUUUCAAGACUCUAAACCAAGACAGGAGAUAAACAACAGUGAUAUAGCAACAGCAAUGCCUGCGGCUCUUUUAAGAUUAUUUUCAACACAAGAGACAACGAUAAUCACCCAAAGUAGUGAAGAUCGUGGUGAAGAAUUGAAGAAAACACUCGGAAUAUCGGUUAAAUCAGCAUUAAGUGUAACAGAACUUGAAAAACAAUUGUUACAACCUUCAGUAUCGCAAGAAGCAAAUAACGAUAAGCUCUUAUGCACUAUGCCAAAAAAUCAAGUUUUAACUCCAUUACAACCGAUAACAGGAAGUACACAUUCCAAUAAUUCUCAACCGAAUCCUUUCAAUAAUGUUGAUACAAUAUCCACAGGACGAUUGAUGACACCAGCUGAAUUCCAAGCAUUACAGACGACUCCGUCACCCGUUCCGAUUGUUCUAGGAUCAAACGACUUAUUAUCUUCUCAUUGCUAUCAACAACCUCAAUCUCCUUCGGUGAAUCAAUUUUCAAAAGAUAAUCUUCGACAAUUAUUAGUCGAUAUUCUCCAAAAUGAUGAAGAUUUUGUAACCGGUUUGCACAAUGCUUACAUUGAAAAACAAAUUCAUUUACGUCGUCUCUACUCUUAA